AUGUCUUCUUCUUCUGAAACUCAACAAAACAUCGAUCCUAUUACUAAUCCAACCUCUCCAUAUUAUUUACAUCCUAGCGAUGCAAGUUUUAUACUCGUUUCCACUCCUUUUACUGGAAACAAUUUCAUUGAUUGGAAAAGAUCUGUUACGAUAGCUUUAUCAGCCAAGAACAAACUAGGAUUCAUCAAUGGCAACAUUUCUAAACCUGCUGAUUCUUCUUCUGUCUUUCCGGCCUGGGAAAGAGGCAAUAGUACUCUCAUCACCUGGUUCAUGAAGGUGUUAGAUCCAAUAAUCGCCAGAAGUGUUCUGCAUUUCGAUUCUGCUUCUGCAAUAUGGUCUAAUCUUCACGAAAGAUUUGGACAGACUUCUGGUACACAAAUUUAUUCAACUCUACAGCAACUUGCCGACAUACAACAAGGAACAUAUAACAUUUCUUCGUUCUACACUAAGAUGAAAAUACUAUGGGAUACACAAGAUGCUACUCAACCAUUGCCAAUAUGCACUUGUACAAAUUGCACCUGUAGAAUCACUCAAAAAGUCAUGACACUUUAA